AUGGGUGAAAAAUUCRAUGAUUUCAACGGUACUGUAAACAAAUUACUUGAAGAAAUGAAAGAAAUACGUAAAGAGAACACACAACUUCAUGAAAACAAUAAGAGGCUUUCUCAAGAUAUUGAGAAUCUCAAAUAUCGAUUAGAUAGCAUUGAACAAAAUAAUCUUAAUUCAACAAUAAAAAUAUUUGGUAUACCUAAGGUAACCAAUGAGAAAUGUAUAGAUACAGUAACACAACUUGCGACAGUAUUAAACACAGUCAUAACCGUAAAGGAAGCUUAUUGCGUUUCUAUUACGGUGAAUGGUGAACAUAAUAUUAUAGCCCGUCUUGCAAAGCCGGGUAUGAAAAAUGCCAUAAUCACUAACUGUAAACAAAAUAAAACAUUAAAUCUAUCCAACAUUAAUCCCGAGUGGUCUAAUGAUAAACGACUAUAUAUAAAUCAGCAUCUCACUAAACAUAAAAGACAAUUACACGGUAAAGCUAGAGCCACACCAAAAUAA